ACUUUUGAAAGUUCCAUAAAAAGUGAGAUAUUAGGAAGAAAUCUUUAAAAUAUUAAUCAAGGCCUAAAGGUUCUCUCCCACGAAACGCUCUGACUUCUCACCCGAUAAAUCUGGCAACGCCGCCCUCCAGCGUGAUACGCGACCAUUCCGGCACCACGUGCACCCAGAACCGGCUGAUAAGAACCAAUAGUAGGGACAGAGACAGCCACAACUUGUUUUCAUCCCAUCCUUCUCUACAUCCGAAUGUAUACAAACCUCUGGGACGACGGCAACCAGACUAGUUGAAAUUCGCGACCAGAGAAGACAAGACAAUCCCUUAGACAGUUCCUGAAGAUGGCCUCUUCAAUUAAAAUCGGUGCCAACCGUUCUUUCCGAGAGUUAGUGAAGGGUGUAACCAGGAGCAUCACCAAGACGUCUGCAGCAGCAAACAGCGACGCUCUGACGCGUCAAGAGACGGAAAGACUCGCCUUGACGCCCAAUAGAUAUAUGCGGUUGCACAGAGAAAGCAACAACAGAGCAUUAUCCACCAUCCAGUCAAAGGCAAAACUAAACCCCUCAUCAUGGUCCAUCGUUUCCAAAGAAGAAAGCAGAGAAUUCAUGGCCAUCUUUCCAGAUCUCGUGAGAGAUCUGACUGACGCUGGUCGUCAUACAGACAUCACAGAAAUAAACAAAAGAUACGCUAAACUGUUACAGUACAAUGUACCAAGUGGCAAGAAGAACAGAGGACUGGCGGUUGUUGGAGCAUACAAGAUGUUCGAACACCCUGACAGACUCACUCCUGAGAACAUAAGACUGGCGAACAUCCUUGGUUGGUGCGUUGAAAUGCUAGCUGGCAUGUUUGUUGUCAACACCGACCUGAUCAACCAAGCAGAAAUAAGACGAGAUGCACCCUGCUGGUACACGAAGGAAGACGUUGGACUGAUGGCUGUGAACGACAGCGUCAUGUUACAAGGUGGCAUGUACGCUUUACUGCGAAAGUAUUUCUCACAACACAGCUGUUACGUUCCCAUCACAGAACUGUUGCAUGACGUCACCUUGAAGAGCUCAAUGGGUCACGCUUUGGACAAGUUGUGUAGCAGCCAAGGCUUGGAAAGCUUCACGAUGAAGAAAUACGAUGCUAUCGUCAAGUACAGGAAUGCUUAUCUCACGUUCCAUUUGCCUGUAGCUUUAGCUAUGUACUUAGCUAACCAUACUGAUGCGGAGAUGCACAGGCAGGCUAAAACCAUUCUUCUUGAGAUGGGUCAAUUCUAUCAAGCACAGGAUGACUUCUUGGACUGCUUUAAUGAUGUAUCAACCACUGGAAAGCCUUCAAGGUACAUUCAAGAAGGACGUUGCACUUGGCCCAUUGUGGUAGCACUACAGAAAGCAUCACAACCUCAAAAGAAACUCCUGCAGGAUUACUAUGGCAAAUCAGACCCAGCCUCUCUGGAAAUAGUAAGGACUCUGUUCCGACAAUUGAGCUUGCCUUGUACAUUCGCCGUUUUCGAGGAAUCUAGCUACAAUUUAACCAAUACUCAAAUCCACCAACUCACCAAAGGCCUUCCCCACAAAUUAUUCUUCAAGCUGAUGGAAAAAGUCUAUAAGAGGGAACCUUCAAAGAUUUUUCCUGCAUUCAUCAUCCAAAACGCAUCUGAAGAGAUGUCGAGGCACGCUCGAUUUUUACUUCAACAAGUUAGCAAAAUUAAUAGAAUUGACAAAACGGCAUCCAAAAAUGGAAAAAAGUACAACACUCAGGCUCUUUUGGAAAUGCCCAUGUUACCAAAUUCCCUAUCUAGAUAUCCUUCGAAAAUAAAAAUUUUACCAGAUGAAGAAAUGGAACACUUCAGGUCGUUUUUACCACUCAUAAUGCAAGAUUUGACCACAACAAAUUUAAUAACUGACAGGGAAGAAGUGAAACAACGUCUUGGAAAAAUACUACAUUAUAAUAUAACUACCGGUAAACAAAUAAGACCAGCUUUACACAUAGCUAGCUAUAAAUUCAUCCUAGGAAGAGAAGAUCUAACAGGAGAGGAAUUCCAAAAUGCUGCAUUGAUUGCUUGGUAUAUAGAAAUGAUAUCUUCUUUCAUGUUGAUGAUGGACGACAUAAUCGACAACUCUGAGACAAGAAGGGGUAAAAUUGCUUGGUUCAAAUUGGAAAACGUAGGUCAUCAAGCAAUAAACGAUGGCAUCCUUCUUCAAAUGUCUGUAUUCAAAUUAUUGGAGAAAUAUUUCGUCGAUCAUAAACAUUACAAUGAUAUCGUCAACGUUUUCGUUGAUAUUAUCUUGAAAACAAUGGUUGGACAGGUAAUGGACUGUGAAAGAUGGUCACUGGAGAAAUCUACUAUGGAUAGGUUCAACAAUAUCGCUUACAAUAAAACUGGGUAUUAUACUUUUUAUUUUCCCGUGAUAACAGCCACGUUUAUAGCUAAACGUCCUGAUUUGGUGAAAGACAAAGAGGUCUUCAGAGUUUUUAUGGAGUUGGGAAGGUUUUAUCAAGUGCAGAAUGACUUUUUGGACGUCUAUGGUGAGAGUUACUCAGGUAAGUUAGGAACCGAUAUCCAGGAAGGAAAAUACUCUUGGCUUAUAAUAAAGGCUCUAGAGCUCGCUACACCCGCUCAAAGGGAGGAACUGAGGAACUGCUAUGGAAAAUGGAACAACGAAUGUGUCCAAAGAGUAAAAAAUAUGUACGAAGAAUUAGAAUUGCAAAAUACUUACGAUGAGGAAGUGGAGAGGAUUUACCGAAAAGUUUUAACUUCUAUUUCCAAAAUCAAAAGUGAAUUAGCUAGAGAACUUAUGCAUAGUAUCACUAGAGUAUGUUUAGGUUACGAUUUUCAUCUUCAAAGAUGAGGAAUGUUAUGAUGAAAAGAAACUAAUUUUUUAUAUUGAUAUUUAUUGAAGAUUCACUUUCAUUGUACAUUCACGUUAAAUCUCUACUAUAUACAUGGUUCUUAUUAAACUUCUGGAAAGUACCUAAAGUAACUAAAUCACAAUAUUGAACAUCAUAAUAUAUUUGUUUUGUAACGUUUAUAUUGAUAGAAAAAUUCCUACUCGAUUCUCAUAAAAUUGAGAUACUCAAACAUAAACAUCGUUACGAAAAUUAUUAGUAGAUUCUAGUUGUUUACAGUCAUCUACAGGCAAUAAAGGAUAUGGACU